AUGAUACUACCAACCUUCCCGACAAAAUACCUUGUUAACUUUUACCCGGUUCAAGCCAUUGCGAUUGAACUGUUUCCCUCCAUAACGCGACCCGAAGGCCUCGAUACAGCAGUCCGCAGUCCUCUCGAGACAGCUCAUUCUCUGACAGCGACGGGCGGUGUGUACAAAUGGCAAAGACGUAAUCAGCGUGAGCUGAUGACUCACACUUACUAG